CCAUCUUAGUAACCCAAAUAUUCAACUUAUCUCUGCUUGCAAGCGCCCAUUCAAGACUGUAGAGCUUUCUCUCCACUCCUGCAAUAUGCCCAAGCGGCAGCGCCCUCCUUCAAGCCCCGGCUCUCCGGCAAAACGGUCAGCAGCUACUCGCCACUCGAUAGCAGACCUCUUUCCAUUUCAAGAGAUAUUCCUAAGGAUACUAUCGUUUCUGUCUGCAAAUGAGCUUGCUAAGGUACAAGGAGUCUGUAGAUACUGGCAGGUAAUGAGUUUGGAUCCUCAGUUGUGGAAGAGGUUAUAUCUCGACAAGUAUCCCCAUCCACACCAGUCGAGACUGAUACAAACACCAGAGUCACCAAAGACUACACCAAUGACCGUAACCGGUUCUUUGCGACCGAUUGCGCGCCUUCCAUCAAGAGCAUUUCCUCCUCCAUCUCCGUCUAGGACAUCUAGUGCUUCUACUUCUUUACCGACUACCCCUGGAAAACCAGAAGAAGUACAAAGUGGAAAUAGAGCAGAAGCAUUCGGAAGCUUGGAUAUGGUUGGGCAAUACGUAAGGAAUGAUGGAGUGGACUGGAAGAUGAUGCUGCGGUUGGGGACGAAUUGGUCAAAUGGUAAUGUUCUAUCCCAAGCUACCAUGCCCCUACCUCCUUCACCAUCCCCUUCUGUGCACCUAUCUGAGGGUUUACCACUGUUCAAUCCCUCAUCUGUCCCACCACGACCGAGCACUCAGCAUCUCGCCCUGUUUCCUUCCUUUAUAUUCACUGCUUCUCCCGACUCUCCAUUGGUUUACUGCUACCCGUCUUCAGCCUCUCACAUCAACAGUCCCAUAGGUAUUAUUCCUCCUCCGCCAGGCUGGAGCUCGCCGUCGAGACCAGAUAAUGUCACAGCAAUAUGUGCCGAUCAAGCGGUGGUAUUCCCUGAAGAAGGGGAUGGGGAAAGAAGCCUGCCUGCAAGGAUGGCCGUCUUCUAUCAAUCUGGGGGAUUUGUUAUUCUCACAGUACGCUUGUCUUCAGCUUUAUCAAACAGAGGUGUCACCUGGGUGCGUGACGCAGUCAGCCCAGGACAAUCCCGGCCGCCUUCUGUUCGCCGCCGGAUGUACGGCCAGGAUAGAGGUGAUCCCAUUGUCUACGCUUCAAUGUACAGCCGAUUGCUGGUCGUAUGCUCAAAGGCAUUUCAUCUGAGUGUGUUCGAUCUCCAAUCUGGGCAGUUACCUAGACGUAUAACUACAAUGCGGUCAGACGUAUCAUUCCAUCCUGCAACUUUGACCCUUCUGCCAUCUUUCCCGGAAGGCAAAGACAGCGGCGGUCAAUUUGUGGCUGACCAUGGCACCAGCCAAUCGUUCCAGGCGGCCCUCACCUACUCCACGCCCGUCUAUCCCUCAUCCUGGACGAUUGCCGUUCAAGAAUUUACCAUUUUACUCCCUCCGGUAUCAUCGUUAUCCACACCUAGCGUGUCUAGAGGGCCCACUUACCAUGUCUCUCCGAGAUCCACGGCUGGCGAACCCAUCUGGCCGAGGAAAAUACGACCAGCAGUGGGAGUUAAGGGUGCGGCAAAGAGUGUGGGAACGGAUGGACGGUGGUGCGUAUUGGCGGGGGAAUGCAACAAGGUCGAAGUGUUUUCACUUCCGUUUUCUUCACCCAAUUCCAGUUAUUGCGAUGACGGUAUCAUCAAGCACUCCCAAACACUCGUAACACAUUCUUCAGUUAUUGCAUCAGUAGCACUGGCCUCUGGGAGGUGUGUUUCUGGCUGUAAAGACGGAAAAGUCCUGGUCUGGGAGCUGGAUGAUGAGGAGCAACUGGAAAGUAGUGGUGAUGACGAUAAUGGUGAAGAGAGGCGUAAGGCGGGCAGAACUGUGGGAUAUGUUGAAGUUAGGGAGGGAGGACGGCGGAGCACUUGGAAAGGUGCAUCUGGUCCUUACUAUUCGCAGAGCAAUAAGGUUGAUAAAGAAGAGGGAGCCGGCCACGAGGGUUUGCCACAUCCCCAGUCCAUCUCCUCGGCCGCGCGUACACUCUUUCUUCCCCAGCCGCCCAGAACCCAAAAUCAGGUUGAAGAAAGAGACGGAAGAAAGGAGAUUCGUUGCCUUGCGUUCGAUGAGGAAAAGAUUGUGGGAGUUGUUAGAGGUGCAAAGGAGGAAGCUAUCAAGGUUUGGAACUUUGGAUAGAUGUUAGAUAUUUCCGCUUUAUUUGUACAAUCCGCUGUAUAUGUUGUUUGUUGCAACCCCCCGUGUCCGAAAAAGUGCUG